UGGUCUUACAAUGGGAAUGCGUAGCGUGAGGAGGAACCUUAUACCUCGAGCUAAGAUGUUGACAGCCAAGACUAGUGGGGUGAUGCGGUUUUAUCACUGCUCAGAGGAAUUCCAGGACGAGUCUUUGCCUUCUGAAUGGUAUGAGAAAGCUUUCUCAAAAUUAACAAAAUUGAACCUUUUGCUGAAGAAUGUUGACUUAGUUGAUGGCAAGCUAGUAAAUGUUAAUGAUCACUCGAGAGUUCAUGAUGAAAGCUUGGAACAAAAGUUGUCUUCUUUCAAAUCACUGGCUAGGACCUUUAUUGGGUGUCCAUCAAUGCAAGAAAUGAUGAAAAAGAAUGUGGCACAAGCAUUAGCUGAUGUACAAUGUGAUCAGCCUGUCUGUUUUAGUAAAAAUAACGAGAGGGAAUCAAUUACAGUUGAUUCCCUCACAAAAAUUUCAAACUUCCUGAAUGUUUCUGCACAACAAAGGAAGCUUGUCAGGCAAUCAAUAUGUGCACAGGUCACAAAGUACCCCGUAUGGAUAGGGGCAGUUGAGGAGAUAUUGUAUGGACUGAAAUCUAAUAUCGAUUUUCUAAAUUGUAGAUGUCCGAGUAAAGACAUUAGAAUGGCGCAGCAAAUAGUUACAACUUGUCAAAAGUAUUUAGAGAAUGCAACUUCUUAUGACCCUGAAUCCACUUCAUGGAUGCGCGUCGCACCUGCAAAAGGUGUGGAGUCACCUGCUUCUCAUAAGUGGGAAGGUGUUCUUGAAAUGUUCAGCGACCUUAUUGAUUGCUUGAGUGAAGAGACAAAAUUAACUUCGGAGGUAAAGAAGCUUGAGGUCAUGAAAGAGGGGCUUUAUCAGAUUAAGGAUGUUUUCAUAGACAAAAACAUUGGAUUUAAGGAAGCUCGCUAUCAGGAGAGUUUAGUGCAUAAAAAGUUGACUAAGACAUUGGGCCACCCAUCACGAUGUGUGUUCACACUUCUUCUUUAUUAUCUUUAUGGCAGCAUCUGGGAUGUUGAUAUUGAAGUAUGUGGAGGACUUUAUCCACUUGGUCGAGGGGAUAAGUUUCGUCUGUGCAUGGGAAAGAUCCUAACAUCUGAUGAGCAGAAUAUGCUGCAAAGCGGGGUAAAGCAGCUAAGCAGAGCUCUGGGGCUUUUCAAGUUUGUAUGGGAAACAGCAGGAAUGAAAGGCGACCUAGAAGUACAAGGCCAUCUGUGGUGCAUUGGUGCCAAGAAUAAGUCAUUUACCUAUAGAAAUAAUAUGUUCUUGCUGCAUUCUAUAAGUUGCUGAUGUGACUGACAGGGAAAGCUAGAAAUGUGGAAGAUGCAUUCAUCAAUGUGUAAAGUAGGUUAGUAUGUAACAACUUUUUGCUGCCAUCAAAAUGCAUCUCUACUCUCAUAUCAUUCCCAAUAUGUUACUUAUGAUGGGGAAACUUUAUGUCUGAGUAACAAGAUAAUCAUUACGUCAUUUG